AUUCACCGAGGUGCUGGAGACGCAAAGCCACUUCACGCGCUUUUACGCGCGGGGCGGGCCUUUCAUUCAUCCAAGUUGGGGGUGUCGGCCACACAAUCCGACAGCCGGAGAUGUUUGAGUUUCCAUGCGCGGCGACCAGGGAGGUGAGGAGCAGCUCACCCCUCCUCCAGCUCCGAUAACCCCGGCCCCCUCGCGGCUCCGCUCCUUAAAUCACGCUUGGUCUCAAGUUUGCAGGAAGACCUGCUCGUGCAAUGCGAUUUAUGUCCGACGGCGGACGGACGGGAAACUAGACACGAGCCGGCGGCGGUGAUGGAUUACUCCAAGGCGCAGACGUCAAACAUCUCUGACGAGGGCAUUUCAGCUGGGUGCCCUCAGUUCAGUCCUGCUGGGGUGAAGCUGGAGGCCGUGAUGGAGCAGCUGCAGAGACAACAGGAAGCCAAGCUGGAGAUGAACCUGCAGGAGAAACACCUCCUUCAGGCUCAGCUGCUGUUCGCGCAGCACGCUGCUGCAGCCAGAGCCGCCGGCUCCAAGCUGGACGCUAGGCUGUUCGGCAGGGCAGAUGGACCCGCGUUCCCAUCCAUUCCAAAGCUCCUGGGACACCAUCUUGGCAGAAUGGGCCCAGGCGAGGAGGACGAAGACUCGGAUGACGAGGAGCAGGAGGAGAUGGUGGAGAACGAUGAGGUGGAUGAGGAGGAGGAGGAGGAGACGGAGGAAGAAAACGGCAUCCAUCGGCAGCAGAAGAAGCCUGGGCUCCAGCAGGUUUCAGGUUUUCCCCUCCCUCCUUAUCCAUUUCAGCCACCUGGUGUGAAACAAAUGUCCGAAACCUCCCCGCCAGAAAUAAAACAGGAGCAGGAGGAGAGAGACCUGCUGUGUUCUGCAGGCCAACGUGCCUUCACCUCGUCCAACAGCUUUCCUGACUGGGGCUGUGAUGAACCCCUAAAGCAAAGAAGUUCAGUCUGGGCUGAGGAGAAUGACGGUGGAAAGGUAAAAGGAGAAACAUCCAGGGACUUUGCUAAGCUUUACGAACUCGAUAAUGAUCCACAGCGGAAGGACUUUCUUGAUGAACUCUUUGUAUUCAUGCAAAAACGAGGAACUCCGGUGAACCGAAUCCCCAUCAUGGCGAAGCAGGUGCUGGACCUGUACAGGCUGUACAGACUGGUGACGGACAAGGGAGGCUUGGUGGAGGUCAUUAACAAGAAGAUCUGGAGGGAAAUCACCAAAGGUCUCAACCUCCCCACAUCCAUCACCAGCGCAGCCUUUACCCUCCGCACACAGUAUAUGAAGUACUUGUACCCGUUUGAGUGCGAGAAGAAGGGGCUGAGUUCUCCCGUGGAGCUGAAAGCCGCCAUCGACAGUAACCGCCGAGAGGGUCGACGCGCGAGCUACACCAACAGCCUGUACCGGUACUCGCCCUCGCCCAGCGCCACCCCCCACGCGCUCCUCUCCUCCCCCACGGUGCAAACCAACCCCACCGGACAUAACGGCCUCAAUAAGUCUCCCAGUCCCAGCCUGAAGAGAAACAUAGAUGACAUGACCAUGCCGGUGUUACCCAGCCGGCUGCCCAUGGCUCUGACCCUGGGGCAGCAGCAGCAGCAGCAGCAGCAGCUGGCACAAGCUGCCACAUUAGAGCAUCUCAAAGAGAGACUGGAGCGAGGAGCGGGCGGCGCUGCAGCCGACGGGCCGGAGAAGAAGAUGGCGCGCCUGGCGGAGGAGCAGCAGCGGCUCAUGCAGCAGGCCCUGCAGCAGAACCUCCUGGCCAUGGCCUCCCAGUUCAACCCCAUGAGCCUCAAGCUGAACAACGGGCACGAAAGCAAACAGGAUUUGUCCCUGAGUAUCUCCACCAACGGAACCGCCAGCAUCAGUAUAUCUGUGGAGAUCAACGGCACCAUUUACUCUGGAACGCUGUUUGCCCAGAAGGCCGCCGCUCCCGUGGUGUCGCAGGCCGUGACCAUGGCGGGGACGAGUGGCUUCAGCGCCCUGUCCUCACACAGUCCUACCUCCUCGUCCUCCACCUCCUCAAAGGGACCCAACUGAGACCAUUCCAAGUCAAAUCAUUUAACUCCAGUCAGAGAAGACCUAUAUGGACAAAUCUGCUGCAACUGACACUGUUAGCUUUUUUUCUUGGAUCGGAGCGUGUAAUGUGCUUUGAAUCUUUUAUGGAGGAUGUUUUCCAAACUAACUAUAACAGAGAGUCCGGCCUCAGUUUGUCUUAGUGCCUGUGUGUCGCAUGUCAUCACGUUCAUGCUUUAGAGGCUUUAAAACAUUUGUUCUUUAGUGUCUUGGAGGCAGAAACAGGCACAUUGAGACCAAUGCAGUUGUUUUUUUUCCGUUGUCGGUGACAUUUGCUGCUGAUGCAGUUUUUCUUUUCGUGAUAGUAAAUGUUGGCUCAUAGUUAAUCAUUUUAUGAGCGGCUUUCAGGGAUUGUGUAGAUCAUCAUUUUUUCUAGAAAUGGUCUGUUUUUGCUGUUGGUUCAUUUUUAUUUUUUACAUUUAGUGUAGUGUUUUUAUUGUUUUUUUAUUUAAUCAUCUGGCCUUAAAAACAUUUAGCUUGUGUCAGCUGUGAAUCAAGUAAAAUGUGAGAAACAAGGUUUCUGCUUGGAGCCAUAUGUAGGAUGGAAGUGAGACAUUUACCUCGAGAGGCUUCUUGUGUCGGUAGUUGUUUCUUCUGGACUCAGGAAAGUUCUCUGGACCCAUGACUGUUAUACUGUAUCUUACAAUAAUUUGCUGUGUUGUCUUUGUAUAAACACAGAGAAUGUAACGCUAAUGACCUUAUGCUUUUGACAAGAGAACACUGAAACAGUGCUACCUCACUCUUCUAGAUAAAUAUGCAAAGCCAAUGUGGAGACUUAACCAUCUGCUGAAACACUGUAUGUGGACAAUCAGGUAGACGUAUCAUUGCAAACAAUCAUCACUGUGAACUUGACAAGUGCAAAAAAGGUUGGUGUUAAACUCUGCAUCUUAGAUUAAUGUAUUUCAUGGACCAUGGGGCCAUGGGGAAUAAAACAAUCUUAUGAA